CUGACGCGCGGUCGGGUGACGUCAUUUCCGAUCCCACCCCCCAGGGGUGACAUUUGCCGGCGAGUCGAACGCAGGGUGUUAGUUGAAGCCGGAUCUCAGGGUGGUUUGUAGUCUCUCUCAGUCGGACGCUUAGAUCAGCCAUUAUGACUUCAAGUAACGUGAGCCUGGUUCCAGUGCUUGCCCCAGAAGAUGAUCACACCUCAAAGCUUAUUCGAAAAUCCAAGGAGUCCCCAUUUGUCCCUAUUGGGAUUGCAGGGUUUGCAUCUGUGGUGGCCUAUGGACUCUACAAACUGAAGUCUAGAGGGAACAAAAAAAUGUCUGUGCAUCUUAUCCACAUGCGUGUGGCAGCCCAAGGAUGUGUGGUGGGAGCCAUGACUAUAGGAGUUCUCUAUUCGAUGUACAAAGAAUACAUCAUGAAGCCCAGGGAACAGAAAAACUCUGUGCUUCAUAAAUGAAUCUGGACCGGUACUCUACUUCUAGGAAUUUAAGAUUUUAGGCUUUCAAGUGCACCCCUGUUGAGGUGAUUGGGAUUUUUCCUUUCACCUUAUAAAAGUACUCUUUAGAUAUUUAAAACUUGGUUUAGUCUUGAUGUAAUGUGUGUUCAGAUAGUAUAUUAAUCUUUACUCCCUAUGAAUGGUGGUAAUAUUGCCUCAAAGGACUUGAUUAUUGCUGCUGGGUGCAGAAUAUCACAUUUUUAAAAUCCAAUUUACCCUUAUUUACAAACAAAACUGUGGUGUGUCCUUUUAUAGUGUAUAUUACAAGCCUGUGAUCAAGAUAAUUGAUUAGUUCCAGAUUGGGAGAUGUAGCUGAACACUAGAGCCCUUCAAGCCUGUUUGUCAACUUGACUGAUUUGGAGGGUGUUAGCUGCGUAGAUUAGAUUUAUUAAUAUCAUCCAACUGACUGGUCGUAAUGAGCUGCAAUACUUAAGAUCACAUUAUAUUUCCCUUUUUGCUGCAUUUCCUGCCUUUAAAAUACUUAAGCUCCCUGCCACAAUUCAGAUGGUCUUGCGACAACACUUGUUACCGAGUGCAAAUCGCACAAGGUGUCCAUGCUUGGGCAAAGUUGUCAUUUCCAACUAGUUUACAUGAAAAUUUUUAAAAGGACAUGAUUUGUUUCACAUACUUCUGCUCUGACUUCCAGUUGGUUGAGAAGCAAUUAUUUUUCCACUGUAUUAAUUUUUAUUCACUCAUUGGAGAAUUUUACUCUCCAGUAUGUUCGGGAUUCUGCAGCUUUGAUUCUAACGUCAAUUUCACUUUAAAUUACACAAACUGGGGUUGUGUUUUGAAUUGGAAAUGAUGCGCAUAAAAUGAUGGAAAGGCUAGACUUUUAUUUCUGCUCUGAAGCAGGGCUUUGAUGGGUUUAAGAUUGUAACUUAGCUCCUAACUAUUCACCUUUUAGUGGUGAUACAUUUUAAGUGCAACUAGAUUAAAUUGGAGUUAUGAAUACUUGGAAAAUGUUAGCCUGCGUGAAAUUGAUGUGUAUUACUGACUACUUUUAAAUAUAGGAUGGUCUUUUUUUUUUCAGUAAAACAUGUUUAACAUGGUCAUUCUCACCAUGAGAUGCAUUAUAGGUCAACACAUUAUUGUAGUUGCAAUCUAUACACCUUAACAGGAUCUGAUGGGACCCAACUGCAUCUUUUAACAUUGGCAUUUAGAGACUAAACCCUUUUAUGGUUGCAAUAGACACCUCUUGUAAAAAGUGCCUGAAUUGAGACUGUAUAUUGCUUAAACAGAUGUAUUUAUAAAUUAUAUUUGAAUCACCUCAUUUCGCUGGAGAUGUUAUUGUACCAUGAAAUAAAAGUAGCUUUCACUGUU